GGCGCCGCAGCUGCAGGAGUCGCUGGGAGUGCGCGCGGGCAGAUCACAAGGCGGCGGCGGCGGAGACGGCCUGCAGGACCCGCUCUCUCAGCCCUCAGCCGAGGCCUACACCGAACCGAGCGAGCGCGCAGCCUACGACCGGGAGGAGCCGCAGCCUUCAUCCAUCCCUGAGGUACUGUGUUCCGCGCAGCCCGCCGGGCCGCCCCAGUCCGCUACCGCGGCGCCUCCUUCCCUCGCGCCCUCUUCGCUCGCCAGCGCCUUCCCUGUGAGCCUGCGUCACCGCGGCCGCCAUGGCUGAGAACGGCGAGAGCAGCGGCCCCCCGCGCCCCUCCCGCGGCCCUGCUGCGGCGGCCUCAGGCGGCGCGGCCAGCCCGCCGGCCGAGCCCAAAAUCAUCAAAGUCACUGUGAAGACCCCCAAGGAGAAGGAGGAGUUCGCGGUGCCCGAGAAUAGCACCGUGCAGCAGUUCAAGGAAGCGAUUUCUAAACGCUUCAAAUCGCAGACCGAUCAGCUCGUGCUGAUUUUCGCCGGAAAAAUCCUGAAAGAUCAAGAUACCUUGAUGCAGCAUGGCAUCCAUGAUGGACUGACGGUUCACCUGGUUAUCAAAAACCAGAACCGUCCGCAGAGCCAGGCCACCACGCAGCCCAACACGACUGCGGGAACGUGCACGAUGACCACGACCACCACCACGGCGACGGCGGCAACGGCGCCGACGACAUCAUCAGCUACCAGGAGUAGCUCCACACCUACUACCACAAAUAAUAGCAGCUCCUUGCUGGGAAACCUUCCCACCCUCAGCAACCUGGGUUUGAACUCGCCCAACUUCACCGAGCUUCAGAACCAGAUGCAGCAGCAGCUCAUGGCCAGCCCUGAGAUGAUGAUCCAGAUCAUGGAAAAUCCCUUUGUUCAGAGCAUGCUUUCGAAUCCUGAUCUGAUGAGGCAGCUCAUCAUGGCCAAUCCACAGAUGCAACAAUUGAUCCAGAGAAACCCAGAGAUCAGCCACCUACUGAACAACCCAGAUAUAAUGAGGCAGACGCUGGAAAUCGCCAGGAAUCCUGCCAUGAUGCAAGAGAUGAUGAGAAAUCAAGACCUGGCGCUCAGUAAUCUCGAAAGCCUCCCAGGUGGCUACAAUGCUCUGCGGCGCAUGUACACUGACAUUCAAGAACCCAUGCUGAAUGCCGCACAGGAGCAGUUUGGAGGCAAUCCGUUUGCGACGGGGAGCAAUUCCACCUCAGGGGAAGGUACUCAGCCUUCCCGCACGGAGAACCGAGAUCCGCUGCCCAAUCCUUGGGCACCACCACCAACUACCCAGACCACUUCGACGACCACCACCACCACGACCACAAGCAGUGGCAGUAGGUCUGGCAGGACCAGGAACCCUGCAAACACCAUGGCUGCAGCUAAUUAUGUGGCUAGCAUCUUCAGCACCCCGGGAAUGCAGAGCCUGCUGCAGCAGAUAACUGAAAAUCCCCAGCUGAUUCAGAAUAUGCUGUCUGCACCCUACUUGAGAAGCAUGAUGCAGUCGCUGAGCCAGAAUCCAGAUAUGGCAGCCCAGAUGAUGCUGAGUAGCCCACUGUUUACUGGGAAUCCUCAGCUGCAGGAGCAGAUUCGUCCACAGAUCCCGGGUUUCCUGCAGCAGAUGCAGAGUCCAGAAACCUCCUCGGCCAUGUCAAACCCGAGAGCGAUGCAAGCGCUACUGCAGAUCCAGCAGGGGCUACAGACUCUAGCCACUGAAGCACCUGGCCUCAUUCCAAGCUUCACUCCAGGUGUGGGGGUGGGAGUGCUGGGAACCGCCAUAACCCCUGUGGGCCCAGUCACUCCCAUAGGGCCCAUCGGCCCUAUAGUUCCUUUCACCCCCAUAGGCCCAAUCGGGCCUAUAGGACCCACUGUCCCUGCAAGCUCCCCUGGCUCCACCGGCACCGGGAUCCCGCCUGUAACCACUGUGCCCAGCUCUGCACCUACUGAAACCAUAAGUCCAACAUCGGAAUCUGGACCCAACCAGCAGUUCAUUCAGCAAAUGGUGCAGGCUCUCGCCGGAGGAAGCCCUGCACAGCCGCCGAAUCCUGAAGUGAGAUUUCAGCAGCAACUGGAACAGCUCAGCGCCAUGGGGUUCUUAAACCGCGAAGCAAACUUGCAGGCCCUAAUAGCAACAGGAGGCGACAUCAACGCGGCCAUUGAGAGGCUGCUGGGCUCUCAGCCAUCCUAAUUACGUUUCUGUACCUUGAAAAAAUGUAUCUUAUUUUUGAUAAUGGCUCUUAAAUCUUUAAACUCACAAAAUCGUGCUUUACUUUUAUUUUGAUUCUUUUAAAUCUGUCUACGUAUAAAUCUAAUAGGAUGCAUUUUAAGGUGGAGUCCCUCCCUUCCCUUCCUGCUCCUCCUCCUCCUCCUCUUCCCCCUCCCCCUACCCUCCCACCCACCCUCUCCCUUCCCUUCCAGCCUGCCCUCUCCCCUCUUUGUUUCCUUCCUUCCUUCAUUCCUUUCUUUUCUUCUUUUUAUUUCUUUCCUUCUCUGAUUUGAAUGGUGGGAAUCAAUACUGUUUCACUCAAAGGUGUUGCAUGCAAACACUUCUCUUUAUUCUGCAUUUAUUGUGAUUUUUGGAAACAGGUAUCAGCUUUCACAGUUGGGUGAACAAGUUUUGUCCUACAGAUGUCCAGUUUAUUUGCAUUUUAAACAUUAGCCUAUGAUAGUAAUUUAAUGUAGAAUGAAGAUAUUAAAAAAACAGAAGCAAAUUAUUUGAAGCUCUCUAAUUUGUGGUAAAAUAUUGCUUAUUGUGACUUUGGCAUGUAUUUUUGCUAGCAAAUGCUGUAAGAUUUAUACCAUUCAUUGAUCGUUUUUGCUAUUUGUACACAGUACAGCAAGCACAAUUGGAAUUGUACAUCUAGAAGUCCUACUGUAGAAUCUCCAAGCAGAAUAUGUGUAACCAAAAUAAGAAAGGAUAUAAGAAAUAUUCCUGAAGUUAGGUAUGUCUCACAAUUUUGUAGAAUCUUACAGCAUAUUUGAUAAAUUUCUCAGUGAAAAUGUUGGCUAGGCAAGUUCAGUUAAAAUAUAGUAGAAAUGUUUAUCCUGGUUUCUCUAAGUAUACAUUAAUUGUACAGAAAACUUACAGUGUAACAUUGUGUCAACAGUUGCAGAUUGAUUGUAUAUGACCUUAAUCUUUGUGCAGCCUGAAGGAUCAGUGUAGUGACGCCAGGAAAGUGCUUUUUACCUAAGAGUUCCUCAGCUUCUCCCAUGAAGAGAUCUUCAUAUGCAUUUUGAUUUGUAAUUGGAAAUGUAACUUUUACUGGAAGUGUCAUGUGAUGUUUGCAUUACUUUUAACUGCUAUGUAUAAAGGAAAGUGUAUCUUUUGGCUCUAUCAGUUAUUUCUCUUGUGCACAGGGAAAAAUGCAUUAAAAUGACUAAAAAAAUAAAAAAAUAAUAAAAAAUG